UGGGGCAACGCUUAGUUUCUCUCGUCCGCCAUCGAUAUCAUCGAGCGGUGCGGGGCUGGGAUUUUCCGGCGAUUAAGGACUUAAUCUUCGGCUUUGGAGGCUUCGGCGGUGGGAGGAAUCUUCUUCCGCAAGCUAUUCGGUUAUGAGGGUUUACUUCGGCUUUCGAUUGAGGGUGGCGUCGAUGAUUUGGGAGUCAGCGGCUUCUUGGCGACGGAACUGCUAGGGUGCGGCGGCGAAAACCGGGUGGAAGACGAAGGAACCGUGCUGUGAAUGGAGAGUUUUGUAGACAAAUACAAAAACAUGGUGAUUGGGACGGAGGAAAAAGAUCUGGACCUGGAUGAUUUCGAUGUUGAAGACGUUCCGGUAGAGGAAAGCAGUCCGGGAUUUCCGGUGGUCGGAGUGCUAUUGACUGACAGGAAGGUCAGAUUUCCAACCCUUAAAGAGCUUAUGUCCUCACUAUGGAGGCCGGGAAAGGGAAUGAUGAUCAAAGAAGUUGGUGAAAAAAGGUACUUAUUUACUUUCUAUCAUCGUGUUUAUAUGAAUCGUGUGCUUGAAGGAGGUCCAUGGCAGUUUGAGCGUAAUCUGUUAUUGUUGAAAGAAGUUAAACCUGAUGAUAUCCCGCACAAGAUUGUUUUAAAUGAGGCUGAUUUUUGGGUUCAAAUUCAUAAUGUUCCCUAUAGCCUAGUUAAUUUAGGUACUGCAAGGCGGGUUGGAAAUUUUAUUGUAAAGUUUAUAAAAUAUGAUGAUAAUCAGAAUAGUGAGAAGUGGGAGUCUUACAUGAGAAUCGGGGUGUGCAUGAAUGUUGAUAAAUCCUUGAAAAAUGGUACGAACCUGAAAAAAGAAGGAAAGAGUUUUUGGGUGGAUUUCAAGUAUGAGAAGUUGCCCAAUUUUUGUUUUAUAUGCGGCUUAAUUGGGCAUUCAGAUAAGUUUUGUCUGUUGAACUAUGAAGAAGAUCUAGUACUAGAAAAAAAACUUUGGGGUCCAUCUUAGGGCAGGGAGCGGGGUGAAGACUAGCCCUACAGGCUACAGGAGGUGGCAAGUGGUUACUAGAGGGUUCAUCGAGCUCUGGCAGAGAACGCAGAUAUAUGGGUGAUAAUAAGUCUGGAGGCAGGAAGGGGGAAGGGGGGAAAGAAUCUAUAUCAGAAUCAGCGCAGAGUAUAACUAAAGGAGUGGGUGCGGAUACGAAGGAGGAAACAUCGGGGGAGCAAAAGAGAAGAAGGAUUUGGGAGGCCCGGGGAGGAGACAAGGUUGGGGAAGAUAGCAUGGCUCUUGAUGGGACAAAAAACGGGGAAGGGGCGGGCUUCAAUCAGUAAGUCCGCCGAAGUUGAUACAGUCAGAAGGGAGGACGAAAGUUCGGGUGCUCGUGCAGCUCGGCAGGCUCGGACAGAGUUUCAAGUUUAUUUGCUUUUUUGUUUUUCUUUAGUGACAAUUUAUUUUGUUGUGUGGUUUUUUUCGUUGUUGUUCCUUUUUGUAAGACGGUUGAUUUGGAUGUGGGUGAUGGGAGGAUUGCGGUAACCGUCUUUGGCUCAUUUGUCCCCAUUAAUGGAUCAGCGAAUUAUAUUUCUUCUUGGAGGUGAUUAAUUCCGAGUCUGGUUCACGGGACGGCGGUUGUCAGGAAUCUUUUUGUCGGAUUACCUACUAUCUGAAUGAUGUGUUAUCGAUUUAA